UUUUUCUUUCUUCAUCUCUAGCUCUCUCUUUCUCAUUCUCUUUCUCUCAUACUCUCACCUUGUCACACUUCUCUUGGGCAGUGGUGGAACUUAAAGCUUGCUUCGCCCAAGAGAAGUGUGAACAAGAAAUGCUACAGUGUUCUCUACUUGUAGAGAAGCAGUGUAGGAAUUCUAAAAAAAAGGGAGAUGGAGAAGUUGUUGGAGUGGGUUUUUGAAGUGUUUUAUCUCUAAAAUUGGCUUUAAAGAAGCCAUUGGAGAUUCUCUGAGGUCAGGUGUUCCUGGGAACAUCCUGGACUGAACAUGACACUGCCAUUGCUUCGUAGUAAUGACUACUUUGAGAAUUCAUGAAGAAGACAAUUAUUUAUAAUGCACAUGUCGAAUGAAGCAUGUAACACAUUGUGAAUAGUACUUAUUAAACCCAUGACCGCACUUUCGUCGCAACAUCAGUUUAGUCCCCCUUUCCGUACAUGAAAAUGUGGGAAAUUGAUUUAAUAAUAUUAUCAUCUUCCAUUUGACACUAUUUCGAAUCAAUAUGUUUGACUGACUGGCUAUGUUAUAAUCUGCAUGUGCUUGUUUGUAAAUUUUCCAUCGGUGAUGGUUUUGUUUUGUCUUUGUAUAACGAUGACGUCGAUGAGGGACCACCAACAGGAAUACUGGAUGGAACUUGCUUGGACAUGAACUGAUGUUUGAGAUUGGCCCCUAGUAAUCAUUGUAUAAAUGUGCUACUUAGAGCAAGGGAAUUACUUGACCUCAAAAUUUUUAUUUUGAGAGAGACAGAGAUGGUGAGAGCUCCCUUCUAUGAUAAAAAUGGACUAAAGAAAGGUGCAUGGAGUGUAGAAGAAGAUAAUAAAUUAAGAGCUUAUAUCCAGAGAUUUGGCCAUUGGAACUGGCGGGAACUUCCCAAAUUUGCAGGUUUAUCGAGGUGUGGGAAGAGUUGCAGACUGCGAUGGAUGAACUACCUCCGGCCAGGUGUAAAACGAGGAAACUACACAGAAGAAGAAGAGUGUAUGAUCAUCAAAUUGCAUGAAGAACUAGGCAAUAAAUGGUCUAUGAUUGCGGCAAGCUUGACAGGAAGAACAGAUAAUGAUAUAAAAAACCACUGGCACGCUCACCUGAAGAAGUGCACCAAGAAUAAUCCUACAAUAUCCAAGAUGAAAACCUUGUCCAAUGAAGCUUACCAGCAUGAUGCUGAUAUAGCUAGGAAAACGGAAAUUGACAAUUUUGUAAGCAGUUCUCCUUCUUACCAAGUUAUGGAGAGCUCCCAAUUAUCCUUAGAAACGUCUUCCAAUGAAUUCCCCUCCUUGAGUUUUGAUAAUGCUCCUUUAUUCGGCAUAAAUUGGAUUGCAGAAGAUAAUCUCACUACAUUGGAAACACUUCAACAAUCGUUUAGUGACUUUUGGACUGAGCCCUUUAUAAUGGACAAUACCUACGACCAGAAUAAGUAUCCAGUAUCCUUGGCAAAGGGAGGAUUUUGUACAUCUCAACCAUGCUACAAUGAAGGCAAAGAUUCCAUCUUCAUGGCUAUGCAAGAAGUAAAGAACUACCAGGGAAUUAAUGAAGAUCAAUAUUUGCUGAACUAGUGUGUUGGCACAUUUUCAUAUUAACUGAAUAAAUGAAAUAUUUAUCGGUGUGCGUUUCAAAACUGAUUAAAAGCUAA